CUUAGACAAGCCAUUCUCUGGCGCCCCCGAGCUGCCACCUCGCAGCUGGUCCUGGCUCCGACCGGGGCUGCCCGCGAGCCUCCCCCGCGCGCCGCGCCUCGACGCCGUGCGUCCCCCGCCGGGCUUUCGCGGAUGUUCGCCGCCGGAGGGAGCCACACAGCCCUGCUCCGGAGCGAUGGUAUUGCCGUGGCCUGUGGUGACAAUGGCUGUGGUCAGUGCGACCUCCCAGCGCCAGUGGCAUGCCAGACGUACACGCAGGUUGCCGCUGGCGAGCGCCAUACUGUUCUGCUCACCAGCGACGGCGCAGCCGUGGCCUGCGGAGACAAUGACCAUGGUCAGUGCGACCUGCCAGCUCCAGUCGCGGAUCCCACCUACACGCAAGCUGCCGCUGGAUGGGGCCAUACAGUGCUGAUCCGGCUCGACGGCACCGCCGUUGCCUGCGGCCACAAUAACUAUGGUCAGUGCGAGCUUCCGGCGCUGAUCGCAGGCACGACCUACAAGCAGGUUGCCGCAGGUUGGUGGCAUACUGUCCUGCUCCGGAGUGAUGGCAGCGUCGUGGCGUGCGGAGACAAUCAUGAGGGUCAGUGCGACCUCCCAUCGCUGAUCGCGGGAACGACCUACACGCAAGUUGCAGCAGGAGAUGGUCACACAGUCUUGCUCAGGAGCGACGGCACCGCUGUGGCCUGCGGCAAUACGUACUAUGGUCAGUGCGACCUCCCAGAUCUGGUCGCGAGCCUGACCUACAUGCAAGUUGCCGCUGGUGAGGGCCAUACACUCUUGCUUAGGCACGACGGCACUGCCGUGGCAUGCGGCGCCAAUGACUGCGGUCAGUGCGACCUCCCGGCGUUGGCUGCGUGGCUCGACAUCACCUACACGCAGCUCUCCGCUGGACGGAGCCAUACAGUGCUGCUCAGGAGCGACGGCAUCGCCGUGGCCUGCGGCUUCAACAAUGGUGGUCAGUGCGAUCUCCCGGCGUUAACCGCGGGAGUGACCUACACAGCUCACUUGCUUCCAGCCUUGCUCCUGCAGGCGUCUCUCGAUGGCGGCUCGAUUUGCUUCGUGACAUUCGGCGGAGUGGAGCGAUGCAGAACUGAGGCGGCACCCACCGCGCGCCUCGCAGACAUCUACGACCAGCUGAUGGCCCUCCACCGUGCGGGCAGGGUGGGACCUGGAGCCUGGCGGGUCGACUCGAUCCUGCCAGGGGGCCGACUGCUCAGUGACGCCUCGACCGAGGAUACGGUCGCCAGCGUCUUCGGGGCACCUCUGUCAGCCUGAGCCUUCCCCCCGCUCGGGCUGGUCCGCCCGCCUCGGCUGGAACGGAGGAGGGCGCCUGUCUUGAUCAGUUUCCACGGGUCAGAAUCCGCCUUCUCCUUCAUGGGCCCCCUCCGUCUCCCUGCGAGGGUUAAAAGCAACAUC